AUGGAGGACUAUUUGUUUCGACAUUACGUUGACCAGUGCCGCGUUGUCAAAGAAGAGACCAGCUAUAUCCAGGUCUUCAAUUACUCGGAUCCGUUCUAUGAUGUCUGCGAGGAGCACCCCUUGCCCGAUGAUGAAUUUGACAACUUUCUUCAUCAAAGGGGUGCCUUUGCGCCGCCAGAUCACCUGAGGUCUGGCACUAAGCUUCUCAGUGGUGUGCGAAUAAUAGUUCAAAAGAACGCCAAGCAUCCCGAUACGUUUCUCCCAAAGGUUAUCUCACUUCCGCCGGAUAGAUACAGUUCCAUGGUUCGCACCUUGAACUUGCCAUAUCGGGGAAUCGAAACGACUUCAGUAGUUGGCCCUUUUUUCUGGUCCGCUCACGACCAGGAUGAAGACGAGCCUCAUUUGCAAAUUGUCCACCGUAAAUCAGAUGUUCUCAAGAAAGGGAGAACACGAGGCUGGGAGAUGCUUCUCUCACAUUCCCUCAAGACCGGGGUCACAACCGGCUUCAUCAAAGGCACCCCCAGCUCAGAAGUUGAAAAGUCCUUGACUCAUCUCAAAGCAUGUGCUAACCAAGUUGGACACCCCAUGUUACUCCCCAUCAUCAUCCUCACGUAUGAUCUAUCCCCCGAAAAUGACGAGAAACAACGAAAGGCUCGGCACUGGCUUCGCCGUCUCGAAAAUGCCGUGAGUUUGCGCAAUGAAGUUGAGGAGCAGGAACAGUACUUUCAAAAUGGAUUUAUCGAUAUCGACGGUCUAAGUCGUGAUCUGGUUGAGUGUCAUGGCAAUGUCAUGUGGAAACGACCCCAAGCAUAUGAAGCACUGGUCAAAGAGAUGGAAAAGGCCAUGGAAACCUUUCGGUUUGCUUGGAUGACACUGGCUCCUGCGGCCGAGGAGCAAAUUGAAGCUGAAAGAAAGCACCGCAAGGAAAUCCAAAAGUUGCAUCGAAGUAUGGCAUCUCGUUUGGACUUUUACAAAGUCAAGCUCAAAGGCUUGGAGAACUACAUUCAUACAACUCUCGAGAGACUCAAGGUUCAGCGGGAAGCACUCUAUAAUAUCAUGUCACAGCGUGAAGCAAGAUUGAAUCUUGAAAUUGCAGGAGAGCAGAGGCGAAUAGCCCAUGCUAGCAAGCGAGACAGCACGGCUAUGAAGACAUUGUCGCUAAUGGGUGCCCUAUUUUUACCUGGAACAUAUCUGGCAUCCGUAUUCAGCAUGACAUUCUUCGACUUUGGAAAAGAUGCCGACCCUGUCAUUUCUGUUGAGCUUUGGGUAUACUUUGCCAUAACGGUUCCCGUAACGGCGCUGAUAGUCGGGGCGUGGACGUUCAUUGACAAACGUCGCCAAGAGCAGCACAAAAAGGACGACGCAGACCUGGAGAAGAAUAUCGAUAAGAUGGAAAAGGAGAUCAUGUUUGCCCUUAGGAAGCGGACAAUGAGCAAAGCCAAUACCUGGAACACUGUCAGCCCACCCCCGAAGCCAUGA